UGGUGAUGGUUCGCCGGCCGCCGCUAGUGUGAUACCACCGGCCCCCACGCAAGCAGCUCCCGAUUUGAUCUAUUUUGUUUUCCACGUCAUACAUAUCCAUCCCACGCUCCAGAGCUAGCAACAGCAGAAACAAACAAAAACCAAUUAUCUUCUUCUUCUAGUCCAACGAUACCAUCAAUUCAGUCUCGCUCUCACUUCCAUCGCCUGAAAAAUGGAUCCGAAUCCCAAGUCCUUCCCGAUCCUUUCCUAUGUCCUGGCUCGUCUUCCUUCCAUCGGUCCCAAAUUUGCCCCCGCUACUGCUACCACUGAAUUCGACAUCGAACAACCACCACCCUCCGAUCCAUCCUCCUCUUCUCAAAUCCCGAUCAUUGACCGAUUGCCCCACCUCUCUCGCCCAAAGGUGCUCUCCUCCAUGACCAACGCCAUCUCCGACGUCGCUCAAACGCGAUCCGUUUUGCAAACCCUCGGACCACGACCUGACCACGAGUCCGUCGACGUAGCCAAGUCCAAACUCGUCGAAAUUGAAGCCAAUCUAUCGAAGAAACUAGAGGAAAUAGUGCUGUCUCCCCGUCCUACAGAUAUCGACCGCCUCCAGUGGCGUUCUCACUUGGCUGAAAAGGAGGAGCAGUGCCGCCAAGAAGCAGGGAAAGAGAAGGCGACUUACAGGGCAGUACUGCAGCUGGAUGAGUUGCACGAGGCUUACGAGAAGAUGUUGAAGGAGGCGGAGGAGCGACUAGUGAGGAUUUAUGAGAACGCAGAAACUGUGGCUGAGGGUGAUGAUAAGAUCGACUCAGUGAGUGAGGAAGAGAACCCGGAGGUGGCAGGGAUACUGCAGGCUGCGUUCGGAGGAGGCUUGGACCGUGUGGAUUUGUCUUGUCGGCGGUUGAAGUUCUUGCCCGAGGCUUUUGGACGGAUUCAAGGGUUGGUCGUUCUUAAUCUUUCCAGUAAUCAGCUUGAGAUGAUUCCUGACUCAAUAGCUGGAUUACAAAGUCUUGAGGAGCUAAAUCUUUCUUCAAAUCUUUUGGAAUCAUUGCCAGACUCUAUUGGCCUGCUUCAUAACUUGAAAAUUCUGGACAUCUCAGGAAACAAGCUAAAUCUCUUGCCUGAUACCAUCUGCAGCUGCAGGUCAUUGGUGGUGUUGGAUGUGAGCUUCAACCAAUUGGCAUAUUUACCAACUAACAUUGGAUAUGAGUUGGUGAAUCUUCAGAGGCUCUCAAUCCAAUUGAACAAGAUCCGCUCUCUUCCAACCUCGAUUGGUGAGAUGAGGUCCUUGUGCCACCUUGAUGCUCACUUCAACGAACUUGGUGGCCUCCCAUUUGCAAUUGGGAGAUUGGCUAAUCUUGAGAUCCUGAAUCUGAGCAGUAAUUUUAAUGACAUGACGGAGCUUCCUGAUACAAUUGGUGAUUUGAUGAAACUAAAGGAACUUGAUCUGAGUAAUAAUCAGAUUCAUGCUCUUCCAGAUACCUUUGGCCGGCUUGACAAUUUGACCAAACUCAACCUGGACCAAAAUCCUCUUGUACAUCCACCUCCGGAGGUAGUGAAGGAAGGCGUCGAAGCUAUCAAGCAAUUUAUGGCUCAGAGGUGGCUUGCAUUACUGGUGGAGGAGGAACACAAGAGCAUGGCUGAAGUUGAAGAACAGGCACAGAUGGGAUGGUUGACUCGGAGCACCUCUUGGUUGAAAAGCUAUGCGUCAACUGUGACUGAGAAUGUUUCUGGAUAUUUAGCUGCUGGGAAACCUCCCAGAGACCCUUAUCUUGAUCAGCAGCUAUGAGACUUUUAGCCACCUCUGUGGUGCAAUGUUUAGUGAACAUGGGCAAUUUACAACAUCGAAUAAUGAGUUUGGACGAGGCAUUGACGGUUUUUUGGAGAUCUAAUGGGUUCAGGAAAUUGAGAAAGUUGGGCUUUACUCUGGAAUUGUUAAUAAUCUGAUGAAUCUUUAGAAUAGUUGAAAAUCUUGGUAUGAUAUUGUGAAGUGUGUCGGCUUGAUAUACUAUUGGUUAUUCUCAGCUGGACCAAGUCAUCGGAUUCUUGCAAUCAAAUAUUUUCAGAUGAACCGAGUAGGGGUUACAAAACUAUUUUCUGUUUGGAUGACCGAAUAUAUGCAAUUCGGGUCAAAUCAAGUCUGGACAUAAGUUAUAUGUCCGAAAUUUAGGUCUAAACAUAAUUUUUGUCCUGUUUAAAAUCAAGUCUGAGUCCAAAUAUAGAAUCCGGAUUAGGUUAUUGUCUA